AGACCACUCACCACCACAAAAAUACCUGAAAUAACCGCUUCAGACACAACACAAGGAACCUCAGUUUAACUCAAGACACUACUUCUGGUCAGCAAACUCCCAGCAAACUCAAUCUAUAGACACAAAAAACAUAUGUACAUACAUAUAACUUAUACAUUAUCCUUCUUAAAAUUUUACAGACAUGGCAGCUCUUGCUGCAAGUGGAGCAGGAUUAGGCACACUUAAGCUCCACUUUCUCAACUCAAAGCCCCCAUCUCAAUUCUUGGGAAAGAAGAUCAAGAUCACAACUUUAUUGCAUGGGAAGCUUGCAAGUGUUCCAAGGUCAAAAGCCCAUCAAAUUAGUGCUUCUGGGCUUCAUUUAGUUGAUGUUUUUAAUGAUGUUUUCUUGGGUGUUGGAGUUGGGCUUCCUUGUACAGUUAUGGCUUGUGGGGAUAUGAUUUAUAGAAGCACAUUGCCUAGAUCAAAUGAGCUUACAAUUACAGUCCCUGGUGUGAUUUUGGCUCUGGGGACUUUGUCUUAUCUUUGGGCUACUCCUGGUGUGGCUCCUGGCUUUUGGGACAUGUUUGUUCUUGCUUUUGUUGAGAGGUUUUUUAGGCCUACCUAUAGAAAGGAUGAUUUUGUAUUGGGUAAGAAAUUGGGUGAGGGAGCUUUUGGUACUGUUUAUAGAGUUUCCUUGAAGAAUGACCCUUCUAAGGCAGGGGAUCUAGUGUUGAAGAAGGCUACAGAAUAUGGUGCAGUGGAGAUAUGGAUGAAUGAGCGUGCACGUAGGGCUUGUUCGAACAGCUGUGCGGAUUUUGUAUAUGGAUUUCUUGAGAACUCUUCCAAGAAAGAAAGUGAGUAUUGGCUCAUAUGGCGUUUCGAAGGGGAAGCAACACUUUAUGAUUUGAUGCAGAGUAAAGAUUUUCCCUACAAUGUGGAAGCACUGAUUCUUGGAGAAGUUCAAGACUUGCCAAAAGGGAUAGAAAGAGAAAACAGGAUCAUUCAAACAAUUCUCCGGCAGAUCUUAUUUGCUUUGGAUAGUCUACACUCUACUGGGAUUGUUCAUAGAGACAUUAAGCCACAAAAUAUAAUUUUCUCCGAAGGUUCUCGCACAUUCAAAAUCAUCGAUUUAGGAGCUGCUGCAGAUUUACGAGUUGGUAUAAAUUACGUUCCUAAGGAGUUUCUGCUAGAUCCAAGAUAUGCAGCACCGGAGCAAUACAUUAUGAGCACUCAAACUCCAUCUGCACCAUCAGCUCCUGUUGCUACUGCACUUUCCCCUGUUCUGUGGCAGCUGAAUCUCCCUGAUCGUUUUGACAUCUACAGUACUGGUCUCAUUUUCUUACAAAUGGCAUUCCCAGCCCUACGCUCAGAUAGCAGUCUUAUUCAAUUUAACCGUCAGCUAAAGAGAGCUGAAUAUGAUUUGGUUUCAUGGAGAAAGACUGUAGAACCCCGUGCGAGCCCUGAUCUUAGAAGGGGAUUUGAAUUGUUGGCAUUAGAUAAUGAAAUAGGAUGGGAGCUUCUAAUAUCAAUGGUACGGUAUAAAGCUCGACAAAGAACAAGUGCAAAGACAGCUUUAGCCCAUCCUUAUUUUGUCCGAGAAGGCCUUUUGGCUCUGUCGGUCAUGCAAAACCUCAGGCUACAAUUUUUUCGAGCUACACAGCGAGACUAUAGCGAAGCUGCAAACUGGAUUAUACAGCUAAUGGCAAAAUCCGGAACAGAAAAGGAAGGUGGUUUCACAGAAGCACAGCUGCAGAACCUCAGAGAAAUAAAGCCGAAGAAAAAGGAAAAAGCUCAAAGAAAUGCUUUGGCUUCGGCCCUCCGUUUCCAGAAAAAGAUUUUAAAAACACUGAAUGAGAGUAUGAGUGAGCUGAACCAGCAAAGGAAGAGUCUCUGGUGGAGCCGGUGGAUUCCUAAAGAAGACUGAGUAAUGUUCGGAAAUACUCAAGAAAUAAAUGUGCUGGUUACUUGUUUUUUAAUUUAAAGAAGCUAUAAUUAGGAUCAAGUGAUGAGCAAAUGGCGUCCUUCGUAUAAGCUUGGCCAAAAUGUAUAUGCCCCUGAUUUGCAUGCGAAGAACGCAAUUGUCCAGUGCUUUCAUAUGAUAUAUCCUGCAGUUUUGUGUGAAUUUUAUCCGACAUAUGUUGAGGCUUGCUUAAUAUCAUCCAAACAUGUUCAGUAAUUGAAUUUGUUGUUCGUCUUGUAAGACUCCCAGAUUCAUCGAAGAAUAGAAGUAUAUACAUAUACGUGGGGUGGUGUCAACCCAAGUCCCGCAUAUAAACAUAGCACAGUCUGUUAGUCUGGCAAAGAUUCAAAGAAACAUUUGUUAUUUUUUGAAAUGCAUAGAACUUGUAUCA